AUGUCACGUAUGGCGCUCGGGCGAUGCAAGCUCGUAAAGACCGCGCGCUCGCCAUCUCUUGCUGGACAGAUCCAUACUUCCACGCAGCUCAACCUCUCCAACGAACUGGUCCACGUUUUCAUCCGACUCACUGCUUCUACCGGUCGCUUCGACCAUCGACCUUCUCCAAGGAUGCAGUCCGACGACGUGAUUUGGACCAUCAUCGGUCACGAAUUCUGCUCGUACAAGAUCAAAUCCAAGACGCACUCGACGUUCUGUCGAAACGAGUACAACCUCACGGGUCUAUGCAAUCGACAGUCGUGUCCGCUGGCCAAUUCGCGCUAUGCAACUGUACGGGAACGGGAAGGGAUCGUCUACCUGUACAUCAAGACCGCUGAACGUGCGCAUUCUCCGAAACGUCAAUGGGAGCGCGUCAAGCUGAGCAACAACUACUCGAGAGCGUUGGAGCAGAUUGAUAAGGAGCUCAUCUACUGGCCGAAAUUCAUCACGCACAAGGCGAAACAGCGGUUGACGAAGAUCACACAGUAUUUGAUCAAGUUGAGACGGAUCAAGUUGAAGGAAGAGGAACAACCGGAGCUGGUCUCAAUCAAGAAGAAGACCGAGAGGAGGGAAAGAGGACGAGAAGGGAAAGCACUCAAGGCGGCAAGGUUGGAAAAGUCGAUCGAGAAGGAGCUUCUGGAGAGGUUGAAGAGCGGUGCCUAUGGUGAUGCACCACUCAACGUCAACGAGGACGUCUGGAUGCAGGUGUUGGAGGGUAGAGAGAGGGAGAAGGAGUUGGAGCUGGAGGAUGAGGAGAGCGAAGAGGAGUUGGAGGAGGAUCUCGACGAGAUGGAUCGCAUGAUGGAGCAAGAGUUCGAGGACGAAGAGGGUGUUGGCGAGAGGGAGUUUGUCAGCGACGACGAUGAAGACGAGGAGGAUGACGAGAGCGAUAUGGAAGACCUGUACGAUUCGGAUGGAAACACGAUCGAGUUCGCCAGUGAGUCCGACGCCGACGAUUCCGAUCAAGACGACGACGACGAACCCGCUCCAGGCAGCAAGAGGAAAGGUCCCUCUACAGCACCCGACAAGAAACAGGCGCAGCAGCAGAAGAAGAACAAGCGUGGUGGUGGCAAGAAAGGUCCCCAGAUCGAGAUCGAGUACGAACAGGAAACAGAACCUCUUACAAAGGAGGCCCUCGCAAACUGGUGA